AUGGGACGGCCCGUGUCAGCAGCUGCGUUGCGUGAAGGUCGGCCGUCGCGCGCCGCUGCGCGCAGCCGCUUCGGCACCUUGGCGCCCUGCGGCCAGGACGCCGCGCCGGGGGACAGCGGACAGCGGACAGGGCAGCAGCGCCGCGCGCCCGUCACGGUUCACCGUGCGGAGGUCACUGAGGAGAGCGGACUGCCGCACAAGUCCGGCGGACCCGCUACUUCGAUGCCACUCACGACUGCGAUCCAGAAGGCGCCACGUGAGCGUAACGUGCACCCGCAGUGCCCACGUGUAAGUGGGGCACGAGCUUCCGGUGAGGUGCGGCGCCUCUGUCGCCGCUGCCGCCGCCGCCGCCGCCGCCCGGCGCCCCUGGACUGGGUGACGUCAGCCAAGGCCGCGGCGCCACAAGAAGCGACGGCGGCGGCGGCGGCCGGGUCCUGUCACAGGCGAGCGAGCGCCGGCGCGGUUUUUCAGCCGACGGGCAUUCCUACCCUAAUGACGUCCCCCGGCAGCCCGCGCCGCCCACGUGUUCGUGGAAGAGCCGCGCCGGGCGACGCAGCAGGGCCGGCGCGGCGCGUGUCGCUGCGUGCAUCCGCCGGCGCUGCGGGCCCUUCCAAAUUGGACGCCAUUAUGCUCGGCUCGUUAGCGCAGCGCGGCCCAACGCCGCUAGCGCGGGGGCGAACAGGUAGUCGGCCGGACCGCCAGACCGCCUCCCACGCCGCCACGGCCGCCUCCGCCUCCGCAGCGCCAGCCAGGCCCACAGCGGGCUCUUCUCGUCGCCUCCGAUCGACUUCGCUUACAGUCCGUUCCACACGAAGCACUUUCUAG